AUGUCGCUAAACCUUGCUGAGGCGGCUGAUGAACGCAGCCAGAGGGAGAUGGAAAAAUAUUUAGUGGAGCGCGUGGCUGGUCAAGGGACAUUUGGGACGGUGCAGCUUGCACGUGAAAAAGCCACUGGGAUGAAUGUAGCAAUUAAAAAGGUCAUUCAAGAUCCGCGAUUCAAAAACCGUGAAUUGCAGAUUAUGCAGGACUUGUCACGCCUGUGUCACCCCAACAUUGUGUUCCUAAAAAAUUAUUUCUAUACGGUUGUAGGAGAUCACCGACGCAAUGACGUGUAUCUCAACGUUGUCAUGGAGUUUGUCCCGGACACGCUGCACCGUGUAUGCCGUGCUUACUAUCGGCGCCUUGCGAGUCCGCCCAUGCUGUUGGUGAAGGUGUUUAUGUACCAACUACUGCGGGGGAUUGCCUUCCUUCACCUGCCUGUUGUAAAUGUCUGCCAUCGUGACAUCAAGCCGCAUAACGUUCUCGUUGACGAGGCCACCGGUGAGCUGAAAUUGUGCGACUUUGGGAGCGCAAAGAAGCUAACGCCGUCGGAGCCAAAUGUCGCGUACAUUUGCUCCCGCUACUACCGUGCCCCAGAGCUUAUCUUUGGCAAUCAGUACUACACCACGGCGGUGGAUGUCUGGUCGGUUGGUUGCAUCUUUGCGGAGAUGAUGCUGGGUGAGCCAAUAUUUUGUGGCGAGAAUACUUCCGGGCAGCUGCGGGAGAUUGUGCGCGUCCUUGGGCGUCCCUCGCGGGAGGAGUUACAGAAGCUAAACACCAGCAACGUGGAGCUGAGUGUGCCAACGAAUAAGCCGACUCCUUGGGCAGAAGUGUUUAAGCGCCCGCUUCCUGCCGAGGCUUACGACUUGUGUGCCAAAAUAUUCAGGUAUCUCCCAGAGCAGCGCAUACCCCCCUUGGAAGCGCUUUGCCACCCGUUUUUUGAUGAACUCCGCGACUCGACGGUGAGGCUGCCGAGCGGUAAAUUUUUGCCCGCACAUUUGUACAGUUUUAUGCGCGAGGAAAUCAAUGAGAUGACGGAGGCCCAAAGGUCCAAACUGGUUCGGAAGUGA